AUGGAGAUUGGCGAUCUUCUAAAGUGUCUAUCUAGCAUCGUCAAGGUCAACUAUUACGAUCGCGACCUUCUUCGCAUGCUCUCCAGGGAAUUUGUAGACGACAUGGACAAGUUGGAUAUUGAGCAAAUUUCCACUCUUUUGCACUGUUAUUACAAGCAAAAUGUCUACUCUUGUGACUUGGUUGAGACUGCUGGAAGAAUUGCUACAGGCAUACUUGACAAAAUAGAGGAUCCUGUAGUAGUACAAGAAGAACCUGUUGAAGAGACUGGUCUCUUUGGAAUGUUAAAGUCGAUACUACCGCAAAAACAGGUGGAUAAACCAGUAAUUUUCACUCACAAAUAUCUCUCUGGAAUCGCAAGGUAUUUUUCCUAUUUUGGGUACAAGAACCCGGGACUAUUUCUUUCAAUCGCAAGGGUCCUGAUGGCGCACCAACGCACCAUUGACCUUUUUACAAAGUCAAUUGUCUUUUCGUCCAUAAAUCCUGCCAUGCUCAUCCAGGCUUGCAAGUCUCUAGCGGUUGCUACGGAUUCCACCGGUCCUCCGGACAAUCCAAUGGGAGUUACAAGGACAAACAUUGUGGCUCUGCUGGAAUGUGCAAGGGAUGAAAUGGAGUCUGGACAUGCUCUCAAACACGAAAAUGAUCCAGAUGAGUUUGAUAUGGGUAUUUUGCUAUCCUCAAGUCUAAUGUCAAAGGAUACUGCGAAACUGGUCUAUGACAUUUUCAGGGUAUCUUCAAGCGUCAAGAAUCUCUCCAAAAUGGCUCUACGAUAUCUCGAUAACUUGUGUCUCUUGAGCUUAAUUGAUAAGAGACAGGACGUGAAUCUGGAUGAACGACUGGGGCAUGAAGAGGUUAAAAGUUACAGGGAGACUCUAGAAGUUUUAAUGGCCAAAAUUAGCGACUCCGUAGAUGAAUUGGUGGACUUGAAUGGACGGCUAGGUAGCAGAGGAAUGGUACAGCAUGCAAGCAAAGAGAUGGAUGGGUACGCCUUAGAACAUGAAAACUUGCCGAGUAUAAGCAAAGAGGGAGGAUACCUGCCCAAAGAUUCUCCAUACCUUGCAUCCAUUCGAAACAUUUUCAUAGACUCGCUAUCUACAUCAAUGGCUGUAGUGAAUGCAUUCUUGAGGGUUUCUUGUGGCUCUAGUGUGCAUUUUUGCGACGAGCUUGCACCUCCUACUGUAGGCGAUGAAUCUAUAAAUUCACCCAGCAAAUCUAAAUUGCACCAAGGUGGAGUGGCCAAAGUCCUGAAAUACACCCUGGAGGAUAACAAUAUACACACUCGAUUGCAUCAAAGGGCUGGAGAUGUUAGGCUGGAUUAUUCUGUCCGCAGAAUGGCCACUAGAGUGGCGGAGCAGAUGGAACUUUAUGGCUGUCUGGGCCAGUCUGUCCACAAUCUUACAAACGUCUUUGAGACCUUUUGCCUCCUCUCAACACUGGAUGGAGGAAUGCCAUUGGGAACUGAGAAUGUCUCGAAGGAAGUCAUAAAGCAGUUGGUAACCUUUGACAGGGAGUCAAUUUAUAGGAUAAAGCUGGCCAUGAACAUGAGCGGUUUAAAGGAUGAAGAUCUCGACUAUUACAUUAACAAGUUUCCAAGAUUCACAAGGAUGGACAAGAGGAAGCACAGGAUGACAUUUUCGGACCCAUGGACCCGUUUCAUAAAUGUAAACAUAGCAAGUGCCCAAGGCAUGCACUAA